ACUAACAAUGACGUCAGCCGCUGACUUUCUCAGCUGACUUUUGAUUUUUACAGAGAGAGAGAUCAAGGAGGCGGGACGGUCUGACUUGCAGAUUGUUUUCAUUACUCCCAGUUUGUUUAGUUUUAAGCGAGGACACAGACACAGUCAGAAGGAGACAAAGAAAGAGAACAAAAGGAUUUAGACAAGGAAACUAAUGGCCAAGGGUCACUGUUUGGAACUCUCCUGUGCCCACAAGGGUGGUUUGAUUAUCGAUCCAGUGCACACCGAAUGGGUGCCUGUCAACAGGAAUAAUCCACAGGAGUGGAUUUUGUUUGCUGAAUCCUGUGGAGACCACUUUUGUGUUAACCCUUGCCUGGGUAUGUGGUGUGGUGAUUCACUUGAAGACGAUAUCCCUGUGACAAACACGAGGUCCUCUGAAAUUCAAACAACAACACACACAAAAUGCUGGUGGAACACAGCAGGCCAGGCAGCAUCUAUAGGGAGAAGCUCUGUCGACUUUUCGGGCCGAGACCCUUCGACAGGACUAAACGAAAGGAAAGAUAGUAAGAGAUUUGAAAGUAGUGGGGAGAGGGGGAAAUGCGAAAUGAUAGGAGAAGACCGGAGGUGGUUCGAUGAAGCUAAAAGCUGUAAAGGUGAUUGGUGAAAGUGAUGCAGAGCUGGAGAAGGGAAAGGAUCAUGGGGCAGGAGGCCUCGGGAAAAAGAAAGGUGGCGGGGCAGAUGGAGAACAGGUAAUCAACUAAAUAUGUCAGGAUUGGGGUAAGAAGGGGAGGAGGAGCAUGAACGGAAGUUAGACAUUUUAAUUACACGUCCCAUUCCCAUUCUGAUAUGUCUAUCCAUAAACUCCUCUAUUGUCAAAAUGAAUCCAAACUCAGUUUGAAGGAACAACGCCUUAUAUGCCGGCUGGGUAGCCUCCAACCUGAUGCCAUGAACAUUGACUUCUCUAACUUCCGUUAAUGCCCCUCCUCCCCUUCUUACCCCAUCCCUGAUAUAUUUAGUUGUUUGAAUGUACUCCAUUUCCCUCUGGUACGCAGUUCACACCAGGGAGAGGCCGUUCUCCUGCUCCGUGUGCGGGAAGCGAUUCACUUGGCCAUCUCAACUGAAGGUACAUCAGAGAGUUCACACUGGGGAGAAGCCGUUCACCUGCUCAGACUGUGGGAAUGGAUUCACUUGGUCGUCUCAACUACUGAGACACCAGCGAAUUCACACUGGGGAGAGGCUCGGACUUUGGGAAGAGAUUCUCUCAGCCAAAUCAACCAAAUGUGCAUCACUGACUUGAUACCGGGGAGAGACUGUUCACCUACUGUGAAUUUGGGAAGCGAUUCGCUUAUUCAUCUAACCUUAUGUAACUCUUGCUUCGGCUAUCAGCUUAAACUAGGAGUUGAAAGCUUUACCCCCCACUCCUGCCCACCCGGCCAAACUUAAGAAAUCACA